AUGCCGCUGCCGCAGCGCAAAAUAGUCGAGGAGCUGCUCCGACCUCCUUUUGGUCCAUAUCGCGACGAAGAAGUGCUUAGUGCAGAAUGCCAGAGCAAGUCAGGAAAGACACUGGUGCUGAAGUCAUUUCAGCUGGCUUUUAACGACGAAAUUAUUGGGCUCGAUGAAUCCGAGCAACCUCUAGGUACUGGAGAAGUAGACACUCGACAGUUCCGUUUUCGUGGAAAUCUUAGUAUACGUUCGCCCGGCUGGCUAUCUCAAGUCGGUGUCAAACGAGUGGAGGCAGAGCUCAACCUGCGUGCCAACACGCGUAGUAUGUGUGCAGGGCAGCGCCCUCCUGCUACAAUAACGCUCGAAGAACUAUUUAAUAGGAAAACAGGAUAUCUUGGGCGCCCACCCGCACCAGGUGACGAUGACGAGCUCGAGCUCAGAUUGCAAAUCCAGGGUUUCAGGAACUUCCCAGCUCUAUAUAUGACAUCCAAGCUAGUUCCGGAUGGAUUGUUAUGGCAUUCCAAAGACUGUAACCGCACCUACGAAGUUGCAACAAUGGACGUCUACACCUUCCAGCUCUCCGAGAACUUCUUCUGGCGCUACCGUCUUCUUGCUCUCAUGACAAAGAUCGUUGGAGAGGGACGAACGCCGCUCGAAAAGCGGACCCCUGAGUGGUUUGUGUCCCAAUACCUCGAACGGUUCGCUCAUCCCGCCAGUGAUGAAUACGAGCGACUUAUCUACGAUUCUACCGAUUCCGAUAUUAUUGAUGUCGACGAAGGCAGGACUCGCUUGCCCCGUCACCCAAGGCGAAUACACAGGCGCGACAUUCUAGGAUUAUUUGCCGCCCAGUCGGAAUGGUUCGUCACUGACAACGAAGUAAAGCGCAAGCGUAUAUUUCCUUUCAAACCAUGGAACGCAUUUAGAAAGGAAGUCAGAAAAGCAAGAUGGCAAGCUGCACGCAACAAUGUCAUCUGGGGCUGGCCGAUAGGUUGUCAGAAUCAGCCGGACCUGGCCUCAGAACCAGACGGCGAAGAGGGAGAUGACGAGGAUGAUGAAGAUGGCGAGGACACAAGAAAUAUGGUGGAGCGGAAUCCCGUCAUUGGAAAGACAAACGAGAUCGUGCGCCGUAAAAUCGACAAAGCUAAGACCAGACGAACUUUGCCGUUUGCUCAGCGUGACAACGGGUCCGGUUUGUCGUCGUCAUCCUCAGAUGAACUUGAUCCUGCUAUGGCACAUGCGUAUAUGUCGGACUUCUCUCGUGAUUCAUCUAGUGUUGCUUCUGAUUCUUCGGAUGAAUCCGUGGACGAGCGCCUGCUCGAGUUCGGAGAGCUCAUCCCACGCCAAUUGUCUCAAGUCCCGGAGUUGCCAGGCCCUGAUAACCGCUGGUGGUGUCCUGUGCCAGGUUGCGGGCACAUGGUUGAUUUGCAACGUCUCACACGAGAUGAUAUAAAAUCCCUCUCAGCAACCACCGUCUUCUAUCUAAUGGAGAGGAAGUGGCGGAGUAUUCGAGAAGAUGAGAGAGCUAAAAAAUGUUUCUUUGAAAUGGUGUCUAAGCAUUACGAGGAUCAUUUUACAGACCUUGGCUUAAGGUUUGUUCAGAUCAAAGGAAGGAUCGGAAUAGAUUUGAUCAGAGAUAGACGACGUGUCCAGCAGGCGGUAGUCACCGUUAAGGAGGAAGUUAUUUGA